GGGUUGAACCAACCAAAAGGUGAAGACUGGGCUACGUCACAGGUGGCUUUUAAAACUAAAAUCAUUAUUGUUAUGAUGCCCAGACAUUGAUGAGUGUUGCUGUAUGUGACGAUGUGGUUGCUCAUACGAAAUUGUCUUUAUAGCAUACACUUCAGUAAUUAGAGCUAAUCUUUGAGGAUUUGUCAAAGUAUCAUUUCAAGCUUCAUCGAAUUAAAAUUUUAUCAUCGAUGAAUGAUAAACUCUCACGUUCGGUCCGAAAUAUCAUCAUUGUUAAGAAGUACCCCCAGUUAACACUUCUUAUAUUAAACACCGAUAAUGACAACGUCACAGUCGCAAUGUUUCUUAAAACAUUCUAAAGGGAAAAGUGAUAGUGAAUGUCUUGCCCGUAGGAAGACAUUAACGUUCGUGUAGUAAGAUUUUUUAUUUGUUCAAUAAUAAUAGUAAUAAAAGCAGAAACUUUGAAAUCGCGUUUGAAGCCAAUCAAAUAUUUCCUAGGCAAUAUAUAUAUAUAUUAUAUUAUUCCGGUAUGCCGUGGAGCCAUACAACUCUUCACGUGACCUACUUUUGUCCAAUUAGAAAACUUCAAUGUUUCGGGAGGGCAACAAUUGCCGUAGAAGCGAUCGAAGUAUCAAAGCAGUUGAAUUUUGUUGUGUGUAAAAAAAUCUGGCCUUAUUUCGUCGCGAUUAAAAGCACCAGCAAAGAAAGUGUUACUUCGGGUUUUCUAAUUCAUUGGAUAGUGUAUAUGUACAAUAUUAAGGAUUUUAUAGUUGUUAACAGAAGCCUUCAUUGUAGCGUUCAAUGUGGCAUCAAAACUUACCACUUGUGAAAGGACGCCAAAUUUGAACGAGAGUAGUGAAUAGAGUCUUCAUUAUCUUGAGAAGAUUUCAUAAAAUUGAUGAAGGGAAAUUUUAAGGUCGUCUGGAAUUCUAUUUGCUAAAACUCUUAACUGUUUACUUGGUUUCUUAAAACAUAAAAAGAUGUCCACAACUCGGGAAUUGCCAACUGUAAACGAAGGUGGCGCACCGCUAAUAAAGGAAGAGCCAAGAUCCUUGUCGUCAAAUCGUUCCCGUAGUCGCGCUGGUGCUGGCAAUGAUGACAUACAUAUUGGGAACUACAAACUGUUGAAAACCAUUGGAAAGGGAAAUUUUGCCAAAGUUAAGCUCGCCAAACACAUACCGACAGAGAAAGAGGUCGCUAUCAAAAUAAUUGAUAAAACACAGUUGAAUCCGAGCAGUCUACAAAAGCUUUUUCGUGAGGUUCGUAUAAUGAAGUUUUUGGAUCAUCCUAAUAUAGUAAAACUUUAUGAAGUCAUCGAGACAGACAAGACUUUAUACUUGGUGAUGGAGUAUGCCAGUGGAGGAGAAGUUUUUGAUUAUCUUGUUGCCCAUGGACGCAUGAGGGAGAAGGAAGCAAGGGUAAAAUUUCGACAGAUUGUAUCUGCAGUUCAGUAUUGUCAUCAAAAACAUGUCAUACAUAGAGAUUUAAAGGCAGAAAACUUACUCCUUGAUUCAAAUAUGAACAUAAAGAUUGCAGAUUUUGGCUUCAGUAAUGAGUUUACCCCUGGUAACAAACUGGACACAUUUUGUGGUAGUCCACCUUAUGCUGCACCAGAAUUGUUCCAAGGAAAGAAAUAUGAUGGGCCAGAGGUGGAUGUUUGGAGUUUAGGAGUCAUCUUAUACACUCUUGUCAGUGGUUCUCUACCAUUUGAUGGACAGAACCUGAAGGAGUUGCGUGAAAGAGUUUUGCGUGGGAAAUAUAGGAUACCUUUUUAUAUGUCUACAGAUUGUGAAAACUUAUUAAAGAAAUUUUUAGUUUUAAACCCAUUGAAAAGAGCUCGUCUAGAGCAAAUCAUGGCUGACAAAUGGAUGAAUAUUGGUCACGAAGAGGAGCCUCUCAAACCUUAUAUUCAACCUUCACCUGAUUUUACCGACGAGAAACGUUUAGAUAUCAUGAGGCAAAUGAACUUUACGAAAGACGAAAUAAGAACAUCACUUCUCAACAAUCGCUACGAUGAAGUCAUGGCGACGUAUCUACUACUUGACGAGAAACGUCCAAAUCUUUCAAUAACUUCAAAUGAUCUCAUCUUGCCACCAAAUAAACUGAACACGCCUCCCCGUGAUCCUCCUAUGAGGCCGGGCAGUACUGGGCGAACGAAGACCGAUAGGCAUGCUGGGAAACGUGAUAGGGAUCUGGUGCGGAGGCAUUCCCAGGGAGAUAGAGCUCCGCAUAAAUCUCUUGUGUAUACCAGACCCAACAAUUCUGGUGAUGGCAAAGUGGGUCAUCCAUCUGAUAAAGGAGAAAUAAAGAAGGACGAGAUGCCUGUACACAAUGAAAGGGAUAUCCUGGGUCAAGCCUCCAAUCCCAACAAAGACGAAAUUCCCGAUAGGGGAACGCGGAGGAUAAAAGGAGGAAGGCAAUACAGUUUACCGCCUGAGAAGAUUCGACGAAAUAAUCAAGAGAGGAAAACGAAUACAAUCCAGGAGAAGUCUGGCACUAGUAUGAGUGAGAACCAACCGCCUUCCGUCACUUCACAUACCAAUGGAAGCAAAUCAAGUGCGAAAAGUGGUCCUCCGCCUUCGAGACAGAAAAACGCCGCAUCUAUAUCAAAUCGAAUGGGUCCAGUUCGAAGAUCAUUACCUCCGGUUGCAGUCACGAGAGACAGUGAUCGAUUGAGACCUGGUUCGGCCCCGGGCAACCGCGGCAAUGAGCCCGCUGGCACAAAUAACAGUAGGUUUGGAAAUCGUCAAACUCCACAACGCAGUACAUUCCAUAGUGGACAGACGCGUAAGAAACAUCAUCAGGAGAAUGGGCCCGAAAGUGGCCUGCCCAACGAGCCUACUAGCCCUACACGAACCUCGUUGCUAAGUAAACUGACGUCACGGUUUAGUCGAAGGUUCGUUCGGUUUAAUAGAAGGGGACUAAAUGAAGUAGGUAACGAAAAACCGCGGGCGCUGCGUUUUACGUGGAGUAUGAAGACGACAAGCUCGAAGGAUCCGCUCACGAUGAUGGACGAAAUCAAACGAGUUCUAGACGAUAAUCGCUGUGAUUAUGAACAGCGAGAGAAAUUUCUUUUAAUUUGUGUUCACGGCAGUCCAGUGGAAAUGAACCAUGUGCAAUGGGAAAUGGAAGUUUGUAAGCUACCUAGGUUAUCGUUGAAUGGCGUACGAUUUAAACGUAUAUCUGGUAGUUCUAUCAACUUCAAGAACAUUGCAUCGAGGGUUGCGAAUGAUUUAGAACUUUGAAACAUUACGGUAGACGCUGUAAAUAAACGUAGACUAUUUUACGAUAUACUGGUGCCAUGUUUACAUUCGGGAUACGGUGGAGCACGAUGUGUAUUUCUUGGAACUGAGGAGCGAAGUAUGAUAUUUGAACGAUGUUUAUCUUGAGGAUAUGAUCCUAUCUCUCCUUGGAGAUUUUUGAGACUUUCUUGAGACGGUGUGGUAGAGAUGGUUAUCUGGUGGUAACGUUGGAUAUAUUGGGAUGUACGUUGUACGUCAUAAGGCCUAUAUUGCAAUGUCCUGUAAAUAGUAUUUAACUAUCUCCUGGGCUCAUGAUGCGAGGAUGCGUGAUGACUAGCUCAUGGCACUGACGACCAUGAUAUCAUUGAAAUUGUCCAGUUUUUACUUAGCAUUAUUGUCAUCCGUCAACGUUUUGAUAUUUAUAUAUAUAUAUAUGAUCCCGUUAGGUAGCCAUAAUCUUUGACAAUGGAUCUGUUUAAUCCAUUUAAUAUGAUUGAGAACAUGUCCAAUUUUACUUUCGUUACUCUUUAUUAUCCGAAUCAAUCUUCAUCCAGUAUUGAGUAGCUGAUCGCUGAUUCUCUCAACACUGGAUUGUGAUUUGAUUAUACUAUUAAUAAUUGUAGUUGAUCGACAAUGGUUUUAGUAUCGUGCACUUUUUAACAAUAAUGCUCAGUAGAAAAAAAAACAAAUGAAGAGCCUGUAAACAUCGACAUUUGCAUGUUAUGGAUGAUGGAUGAUUUUAAAAGAAAACUUCUAAUACAUUGAAACAUUUUGAAA